AUGGCCCAUCUGGAGGACCUGGAGCAUCAUCUAGCUCAGCCUUACCAGCUACUGGAUCUAAUGGCCCAUCUGGAGCAACUGGAGCAACAACUGGCUCUGCCGUACCAGCUACUGGAUCUAAUGGCCCGUCUGGAGGACCUGCAGCAACAGCUGGCUCUGCCGUACCAGCUACUGGAUCUAAUGGCCCAACUGGAGUACCUGGAGCAUCAACAGGCUCUGCCUUACCAGCUACCGGAUCUAAUGGCCCAUCUGGAGGACCUGCAGCAACACCCGGCUCUGCCGUACCAACUACCGGAUCUAAUGGGCCAUCUGGAGGACCUGGAGCAUCAUCUGGCUCUGCCGUACCAGCUACCGGAUCUAAUGGCCCAACUGGAGGACCUGGAGCAUCAACUGGCUCUGCCUUACCAGCUACCGGAUCUAAUGGCCCAUCUGGAGGACCUGCAGCAACAACCGGCUCUGCCGUACCAGCUACCGGAUCUAAUGGCCCAUCUGGAGCACCUGGAGCACCUGGAGCAACAACUGGCUCUGCCGUACCUGCUACUGGAUCGAAUGGCCCAUCUGGAGCACCUGGAGCAACAACUGGCUCUGCCGUAA